CCCACCAGAGUCCUGGCUCAGCCAGUGCUAAUGGAGUGGAUGGACAAUAUCCACAUCGCUCUCUGCGUCUCUUCUUCUGGCCCCAGCCCGCCAUCUCUCGUGUCCCCAACAUGUUUCACUCUUCAGCCGCCCCCUGGUCUCCCUCACCUCCUCCCACCUUCCCUUUCACCUGGUGUUUCUCCCAAAGCCAUUGGACCCCCCAUCCCACUGGGGAGAAACUGAGGCUCACUUUGGAAGGUGCCGACCUCGCAGGGCCCCAGAUAAGACACAGUACUAGCACCUCAGAGUCAGAAAUGCAGAGCACACAGAACACGUGCCCUUACGACACGUGCCUGAGGUAAUCUUGCAUUUACACCCACACAAUCAGAGAUUCACACACACAGCACAUGCAAUCGCCUACCAACACAAACAUAGGCACAAAAUCACAGAAUCACUGCAGACAACACAUCCAGAAAUAGCCUAUCCCACAUGCAACACAGAUACCCCCAUCAUGCAGUUACAUGCCAGUCACUGAUGGACAUCCAGCCAGUUCCUACGCGGACUGGGAACUAAGACUUGGUUUCAUUCACUGUUGUAUCCCCAGCAACUCGAACAGAUCAUCAUCAUCAUCAUCAUCAUCAUCAUCAGUACCAUGAACACAAAGUAUUUCCUCUGUGCCAGGCACAAGUCUAGGCACUUUACAUGAAUUAACUCAUUUAAUCCUCUCAAAAACUCUACUUGUGACAACCCAUUUUGCAGAUGGAAAUUGGAGGUCCAGGACAGCCAUGUCCUACCCAGUGACCAGUCAGCCCCAGUGUGCCACCAGCUGCUACCAGACCCAGAUCAGCGACUGGCACACCGGGCUCACGGACUGCUGCAACGACAUGCCCCUCUGUCUGUGUGGCACUUUCGCCCCCCUGUGCCUCGCCUGCCGCAUCUCGGACGACUUCGGCGAGUGCUGCUGCACGCCCUACCUGCCCGGAGGCCUGCACUCCCUGCGCACCGGCAUGCGGGAGCGCUAUCGCAUCCAGGGCUCCAUCGGGCAUGACUGGGCGGCCCUCACCUUUUGUUUGCCCUGCAGCCUCUGCCAGAUGGCGAGGGAGCUGAAGAUCCGAGAGUAAAGGGUCCCCCGCCCUCCUCCCCCUGGAAUGCUGCCUCCUCUGCCCCUCCUGGGAGGGGCCUGCCCCUCCGCCCAUCCUGACACCAGAAAUACACCCACAAUAAAAACC